AUGGCCAAGAAGACAUUAGCAGAACAGAUAUCCAAGUUAUACACCCCGAAAUCCGAUUUCGACAUUGAAGAUCACGAUUUAGGUCAAGGUACAGACGAUGUAUUCGAUCACAAGGAAUCACAAGAAGAUGAAGAUGAUGAUGAAGAAGAAGAUGACCAAUUAAGGAAGGAGCAUUAUGUUGAGUCUGCAAAGUCAAAGCUAAGACAGAGUCAUACUACUAAUUUAGGCAAGAAAUAUACCGGAAGCGUCGUUAGUAGAGAUUCUCUCUAUGAUGACGAAGCUGAAGUUUCUGGAGAAGACUCUGAUGAAGUUGAAUCAGACGAAGAAGAAGAUGAAGUUCAAGACGAGGAAGUAGCAGAGGAAUCCGACGAAUCCGCCAACGACAGCGAUUCCGGGGCCUCAUUAAGAGAUAAUUCCUCUGAAGAUGAAAGUGACCAAGAAGAUGACGAUAUUGCGAUCCAUAAACGUCAAGUUUUGAAAGAUUUAAUGAAUAAAGAACGAGGCCAUAUCAUAAAUCGUUUAUCCCAAUCAGCCACAAAUGAUGCACUUAAAGGAUAUGCUAUUCAACAACAACAUAAAACAUUCGAAAAAUUAGUUGAUAUAAGAUUAAAAUUCCAAAAAUCAUUAACUAAUGCCAAUUUAUUACCAAUUGAUCAUGAAACAUUGGAAGAAUUCGACUAUUCUCCAGAAUUGCUUCUGAAGACUAAAGAAGGUUUAUAUUCCUUAUUGGAUGGACUUUUAACCCUCAGAAGUCAAUUAGAUGAAUCAACAACCAAUCAUAAACAUCCAAAGAAAAGAUCAUAUGAAACAUAUUCCAAGACAACAGAAUCUUUUGAUUCUGAAUUAAAUAAAUCUAGAUCGGUCAUUUUGACUAAAUGGUCAGCUAAAGUUCAAAAUUCUUCCGGGUCAAAUGCUAUUAAUGCAAGUAAAUUCAAAACAAUUAAUCAAUCUUUUGAACAACAAGUGAUUAAUAAUCUUUCAGACAUGAAUAGAUUAAUCAAGAGAACAAAAUUAAAUAGACGUCAAAUUACUCCAUUGGGAUAUAAUCCAUCUUCAAUUUCCAAUGGAACCUCAACCAAACAAAAUCAAGAUGAAGAAAUUGACGAAGAUAUUCCAAUACAAGAACAACAAUCAAGAAAAACCAAAACAGAAGGAUCCGAAAUUGAUCAAAUUUUCGAUGACGAAGACUUCUAUCGUGUUUUACUUAAUGACUUAGUUGAUAAGAAAGUCCAAUCCAGUGAUCCAACUUCAGGUGGGGUGAGUAUUACUUUACGUAGUGCACAAAGAGCAAAUAAACUUAAGAAUAAUGUAGAUACCAAAGCUUCAAAGGGAAGGAAAUUGAGAUAUCAUGUUCAAGAUCAAAUAUCCAAUUUUGAAACUUCUAGAGGCGGUUGGAAAUGGAACGAUGAUCAAAUUGAUGAAUUCUUUGCUUCUUUGUUGGGACAAAAGGUGAAUAUGAAUGAAGAAGAUGAGGAGGAGCAAGAUGACGAGAUUGACGGAGAGACGAAUGGGGAUAUUAUUCCAGAAGAUAACUCAAUUAAGUUGUUUGGAUAG